UCGAUGUUUUCUCCAUCUCUAAUGUAAACAAAUCAUUUGCCUAAGAUUUUGAUUCUCAAUAUGACAACGGCACAAGUGAAUUUUUCUUCAAAUAAAGAAUUGGAAGUGAUUGAAUAUCCAGCAAAAGUCGUUAAUUUAAACCGAAUGUUAGCAACACUAGGGGGUAUUACCAAUGUCUCUCAGGCGUUGGGAAGUGAACAGAAACGCUUGGAGCUUCGUUUCCAUCCGAAAAAUCCGUUUAACAAAGUAGCCGGCGGUGAUGCAGUUCAAGGAGCCGGGUUGCUAAUAUCUGUUAAAGUACGACGCUCUAAAAAACAUCGAAACCAACCUUCUGAAUACCAACUGUGCAUCCUUGGACAUUGCAAAAGAAGUUUUACUUUUAGCUGUUUAUGUGAUUUCCAGUAUCUACCUUUGCACAAUGAUCCAAAUAGAACGGAAAACUUGACGUUCAAUUUAUCCAGCAUAAUUCCUCAGUCUGUAACCAAUACAAAUUAUUUUUCACAAACAGAUGUGCCAUUACUAAGUUUACCACAAACCUUUGCUCGUCUCGAUACAAUUAAUUCUACUAUAUUUCGUGCCGACCAACAAGAUGACGGCCAACAUGAUGUGCUGGGUGUGAUACAAAAAUCUUCAUACGAUAGUCGCGACGUAGUCGCAUUUAGUAUGACUGAUGGUUUUCCAGAACGUGCAGAUCUGCAAAUUGUCAAAAGAAUGAGAAUCAAAUACGUAUCUGAUGAGCAAUUACAGAAAGUUAAAGCCCUAUUUGAGGAAUGCCCAAUUUGGACACGAAUUGCGUUGCUUUACGAAUCGGGCGUAUCCAAUGAAAAGUUAAAAUGUAUUGUACCAUCUUUGUCUUACUACUUUUCGACGGGUCCAUGGCGAACGCUAUAUGUACGCUAUGGCUAUGAUCCGCGCAAAGACUUUAAAAGUCGUUAUUACCAAACAUUCGAUUAUCGAUUACGCUUUCGCUCAGGAAUGUCGGAAUUCGUGGCGAACAGGAAAGAUCAGCUCAAAAAGCAAAAUGAGAGUCCAUACGAAUUAAAUGAAUUGGUCCAAGACAUAAACUAUCCAUAUUUCGAAGAAAACAAACUACCUCGUUCUAGGCAGUGUAUUUUGCGAUAUUGUGAUAUUCAUAUGCCUAAAAUUCAAGAGAUGAUAGAAAAAAUACCCUCUCCACGAACGGGAGCAAUAUGCAACGAGAAGACUGGGUGGUUACCGGCCGGUUUCGACUUGCAAGUGCGUCAAGUAAUGAGUAACUGUAUUAAAGAGUUAUUGCGAAACCAUUAUCGCAAAGGGCAGAUCCACGCAGAGUUGGACCCAGUUGAUAAUUUGGAAGAUUCUGAGGGCGAUGCAACUUUUGAGGACAAUUUGGAUACUGGCGAUCUUAGUAAAGAAAUUUUUGACGAUUAAGUGUGGUUUUAAGUACCGUCUAAAUGCAAAUAAAACAUGUUUUAGCGCAUGGAUAUUUUAUAAAUAA